UGCGUUGGGGCAUAGGCAGCGCUGCCGGGCGUAUAAAAGGCGGGGAGCGCGCUGCCCCGGCGCUGGUGCCCGUCGGAAGCGCUGCCGGCUCUUCUCCGCUCUGCCAGGUCCGCAGACCGCAGCGAGGAUGAACACGAGCUUCUUCCAGAUACUAAAAGCAAAAAAAGAACUCAUUCCCCUGGUUGGAGUCGUGUCCUUUGCAGCAGUUGGGGCGCUCUCUUUUUCUGUCUAUUCCCUGUUCAGCAAAUCUGAUGUGAUCAUUAACAAGACUGGCAAUCCAGAACCAUGGGAAACUGUUGAGCCUACCAAGCCUCAGAAGCUAUUAACAAUCCAUCAGAAAUGGAAACCCAUAGAAGAGCUGGAAAGUGUCAGAAAGCUUACGAAGUAACAAGCUUCUGUUGCCUCAAAAAGUGGUGUCUUGCAGUAGCACAUUAAGCAGUGUGACUGCCAUCAGUCACAGGUUGUUGCUUCUCUCAUCCUGUCCUGAAGCAUAAUAGCUAAGGUAAUAGAAUGUUUUGCUUUGUUAGCCGCUCCUUUUUUUUUUUAAAGAUUUGUGGGGAGGGUUUUCACAUAAUGUGAGAAAUCAAAAAGUUUUUCUGCACUUCAAAAAGAUUGAGUAUUGUUAAAGUUCUUGGGACAAUUUUGUGUGUUCUUAUACUGUCCCUAAAAAUACUGUCUCCUGCAUAGGCGAGGUUUUUUUCUUGGAAGUAGAGCACACCAAGAAAAAUUACUGUAUCUGCCCCCCAACUACUCAACAUAAAUCUAUAAAGCAAUAUACCAAAUGUUUCCUUAUUCUACAAACAUCAGAGUUAAGACAGUAAAGACUUAAUUAGCUGAAUUUUAUGAGCUGACUUUUAUGAGAACAGUAAGACUUCCAUGUCCUGUCUUAGGCAAACCCAUGACUUUUUAUUCCAUGGACAAUUUAAGGCUGUUGAAAUAAUACAGCAACUUUCUUCCUUCUCUCCAUUCUGUUCUCUCCAUUUUGUCUCCUACUCCAUUCUCUUUUUGGUUUUGGUUUUGGUUGGUUGGUUUGUUUGUUUUUAACAAUCACUAUCUUUGCUUACACUGUCUAGUACUUUUCCAUGGAACUGUAUCACUUCCAACUUUAAUUAAAAAGUUAAAUUAAAAUGCUCACUGGCUUGUUAGAGUUUCAAAUAUAGAUUAGAAACCAUUAGAAAUGUUUUUUAAUGGUUCUAAUCACCAUUAGAAAUGCAUUAUUAGAAUCUAUGGUCAUGCUUUUCUAACUGCAGGUGGCUGUCAAGUAGUCUGUAAAAUAACUUUCUGGAAGAAUAGAAGGUUACUUUCUGCAGUAUACAUGCUAUCAUUAAUUACUAAUUUUUGUUACUACAAUAGUACUUAAAGGCCUUAACCGCAGAUCUGGCAUCAUUGUGGUUAUCCAAGAGCCAUGCUGUAGUUUUGAUUUGGUUUUCUUUUCAUCUGAUAGCCCUGGUGUCAGCAUUUCUGUGUCUGAUGUCCCCUACCCCCUGCAUUUCUGUAUUGCAAGAUGCUAUUAGUAUAGUACUAUGCUAUCUAGUUACUUCAUUGGUGCGUGUGGUUUCUGUAGAAAAUAGUAACUUACAGAGGGGCCUGAUGUAAUCAUUAAAGAAAAUUGUUCAUCCCGCAGUUAUCAUCUGUCUCCCUCAGUGCAGAGGGUGGUUGUCCCUAGGACUAGGUGUAGAAAACAAACAAGAGUAAUGGGAAUGAUUUGCUGGAUCCAGCCAAUAUUUGGUGUUGGACAUUUCCCAAAAAAGCUUUCAGAUUAAACAAACAGCCACGCUACUCAGCACAGUUCUAAUUUGCUGUCUGCAGUCUUUGCUGUACAGCACAUCCCUGCCGGGCGGGGAGCGCACAAGAUAACGAGAUCACCUGAAAGUAGAACUGAGAUGGAAAUAAAGCGUUUGCGAGGCAGUGGACUCGGCUCCCUGCAGCUGGAAUAAGUAACUAUCGACCUCCAGGUGCCGAUGUGAAUAGAGAGCGGGCAGGUUGUUUGCUGAAAGCGAUCUCCCACCGUCAACAGCCAUCACCGCCAACUGCACCCUUCAAGGGAAGUCCAAAGAGCCGUUCUCCUGUGGCGCCUCGCCCGGAUCAAAGAUCACACACCUUUACAGCGCACUUCACGGCGGCUGUACCAACCCUAUUUAUGCUGUACCUUGACCUGGUGACCAAAGGAUUUUCGUUUAAUUAGCUUUUACUUUUAGAUAACCUUGUCACGUAUGUUCUGGGCAGAGCUGGUAAUGGGGAUGUAGUGUCCUUCUGCAGGGCUCACGAGGGACGUGCGGUCAUACAACGCGGACAGCCAGGGGCCUGUGACGAACGACGCCGCCAGGAGAGAAAAGCUCCCCCCCACCCCCCACCCGCCGCCGCCC